GCUGCUGUCCUUAGAAAUCCUCCUGCAGCCGAGGGGAGAGGAAGAUUCGUUGGCUGGGGGUUUUUUUUGCUGUGUUUUCUUUUUUCAGGGUAGCUUCAGAAUUAGGACUUGUCUACACUCCCAGAGUGAAAAAGAUUUCCAUCUAUGAUGAUGACAGAUUUUACAGAAGAGCAUACGUGGUUACAAAUACAGCGUGAACUCAGUUUGAGGAAACUAACAGAGGGUUCCAAGUAUCAAGAGCAACUAAGAUAUGACUUCAAUAUAAAAGGGGAACUGAGGCACCUGGAUACAAAUGAGUCCUUUGUUUUCAAUUACUACAAGAAUGAACAUGAGCAGAAUCAUGAACGCUACGAAGUUCUGGGACAUUCUAUUACCCAGUAUGUUUAUGAGCUCCUGGGAAGAGUCUGCAUGCUGCAGAAGGUUUAUAUUCCUACUGAUGCUACAGAGGAUGAACCAAGAAGCUUCUUUUUCAUGAGCAGGGAUGCAUUAACAAGUUCCUCUAGCCUAAUUAUCUUUCUUCAAGACCAUGGAGCUUUUUGUGCUGGACAGUGGGGGCGAAGGGCAAUUGUCAGUGAGGGCUUGAAACAUGGAACACAAAUACCAUUCAUCAAAAUGGCCCUGAAGAGCCACUGGGAAGUGAUUGUACUGAACCCCAAUGACAAUUUCACUGAUAUGAAAACUGAAAAGGAGACAUUUUCUGUCAGGCAGUCUGCCUGUUUGAUCCCCAAAAGGGGCAGCAGCAGCCCCGAAGAGCACACCGUGUAUGUAUGGGAUCAUUUCAUUGCAAGGAGUGCAGCCAGCAAUGUGGCCUUCAUUGCCCAUGGCUAUGGUGGGUUGGUGUUUGUUGAUCUGCUGGUGCAGAGAAAACGUGAGGUGAUGAAUAAAGUGUACUCUGUGGCAUUCAUUGACUCCACACACAACAUACAGCACCAGAGCAGACACGAUCCAGAAAUACAGGAAUGGAUACACAAAAACUGCCAAGAAUGGGUGUCGAACAGCAAACCCCUAAACAAAACUGUGCACUGUCUCAUGAGAGUAAAUUGUCCUACUUUCUCUGCUGGAACAGAAAAGUAUGGUUUAGCACCCUCCUGCUGCUUACAACCCAUCUUUAAGUACUUGAAGAGCAUGCUGAAAGCCAAGAUCACAACAGCCUUGAGGAAUUCACCUGUUGCAACCAGAAGCAGCACAAGGAAGAAGACAGGCAAUUAAUAAAGGUAACACUGGUUUGUUCUUGAUAGUGAUCUCUUCCUUUCAUAAGUGCCUCUGCACGUUUCAGUCACUUAAGCACUUUCAUCUCACUGUGGAGAAAAUCACAGUUCUAAGUUUGAAGCUAUGUUUGGUUUUGAGAAGUCUCCCCCUCCUGUUUGCACCAAAAACUCCUCUUUGGCUGUUGCAUGUCCCAGCUAGGUGGUGACAGUGGUGGGGUGACGGUCCCCCUUUCGGGGCUCCACAGAAUCCCAGCUACCAGAGGAGGUGCACACAGAACAAAGAGGCCACAGCAGCACUGGCUUGGGGUGGCACUGGGUUACUUUAUUUGAUGUUACACUCCCCGAGUCUUGGGGUCCCAGGCAAUGAGCUGGGGGCAAGCAACAGCUGAUACAGGGGAGCAGGUCUCAAGGGAGGAUACAAUGUUCAGCUAAUCGGGAGAACUGGGGGUGGAACAUAAGGGCAAAGGAUACAAGAGAGGAAAACUGCUUCGGACUGGAGGGGUUAACAACUGGAUGUGGGAGGAAAGGGUUUGAAACUUGGCAGAAAAGUAGCUAAGUAGCAAAGAAAUAAACGGAUACCUGGCUCAAUUGAAUAACAAAGACAAGUCUGUGUCACUCCAAAAGCAAGGGGGGAAAAGCCCAACAAACUACCAAACAACAAAUCAAACAAUUACCUGCAAAAUAAAACCACACUGUAACAUUUGGCAACUCGAUUCAUGACCUGCUGCACACAAAAAAGAUGCAUUGCACAAUGAGCAUUAGAACCAAAAGUCCUACUAAAAUAUUAAGCCCUAUUUUUAGAAGCUCUUUCCACAAUGGAGAAAGAUCAAAAAAUCCAACUACAUCAUCAAUCCAAGAUCCAGUGAUCUCCCCAAGCUUUUUU